AUGGAAGGUGAUAUGAAGAUGGAUGAUGAUCUCGCGGCCCUCUUUGCCAGCAAAAUGGCCAUGGGAAACACACCAACAAUCAAUGUCCCUCCAAGCCAAGCUCCCAACCCGAAAGUUUCUACUCUCCCUAAUGAUACCCCUUCCAUUGUAUAUAAUAUAACCCAACAUUACCACCACUCCUCCCACCAGGCUACUCCUGCGCCCCAGAGCAGUACGUCCACAGAUACGGACUCCGACGCUAUGCAGCAGGAACACACAAACACACCAAACCCUACUCCCGCCUCUGCAUUUUCUGCAGAGGAUAUGUUGAGAGGCUAUAACAUCGACCCGGACUCGCUUUAUCCGUCACAAAUAACCCUGUUCAGCCAGGCCGCCCCAGAACAGAAAUUCCGUCUCAUUGAGUUGUGGCGUAUAUCUCCUUCUAGCUCGGUUAACCAAGCUACCGUGGCAAACAUACUCCCUAGCCAGGGUGCGCAUAUCGUACAUACAGGGUUUCUUUCAAACAUCGCAAAUACCCCGAACAAGCCUCAACCACAAGGCGGCGAUGAUAUGAUGAUGGACGACGAGAAAAUUGUCGAUGACUCGAAUAACGCUGAACCAUAUGUUCUUUCGGGUUAUGAGCGCCUUGCGCAGCAGGAAUAUGAAAGCCAAAGUGCCCCUGCGUCGACAUCUCCCCUUUCAAGCCAGGUUACAAGCCAGACUUAUAACCAGGCCACAGACCCAGCUUACAAGGGAUAUGAAUGGCAGCAGCAGCAGCAACAGCAGCAACGUUCAAUGGAAAACCAAUAUGGUGUGCUCCAGAUGAAGAAGUACUACUUUGGUUGUGGUAUUUCGAGAGCCCAUUGGCUUGAGGAUGAGCAGAUGCUUUAG